UUGCGUGGGUCCUCAGAGCACAGAGCGGAAGUAGCUACCUUCGCUUUGCGAUAGGGGUACAAUAGGAAGACCGAUCGCGAAAAAAUAAAAGCCCGCUUAGUGUAUACUGCCAACAUAGUGCAAUAAAGGCUUUUUUACAAUACAUAUCGCUUAGUUCCACCAUGAUCUUGCUGGAAAUCAACAACCGGAUUAUAGAGGAGACGUUGUCUCUGAAAUUUGAUAGCGCGUCCAAUGGAAACAAGCCUGAAGCAGUGGAGGUGACGUUUGCAGAUUUCGAUGGUGUCCUUUACCACAUCUCCAACCCCAAUGGUGACAAGACCAAGGUGAUGGUCAGCAUCUCCCUGAAGUUCUACAAGGAACUACAGGAACAUGGUGCUGACGAGCUUUUAAAGAGGGUCUAUGGCAACUACUUGGUGUCGCCAGAGUCAGGCUACAACGUGUCCCUGCUCUAUGACCUCGAUGCCCUGCCGGCUAAUAAGGAAGAAACCAUCCACCAGGCAGGCAUGCUGAAGAGGAACUGCUUCGCUUCCGUGUUUGAGAAGUACUUCAAGUUCCAGGAGGAGGGUCGCGAGGGCGAGAAGCGGGCUGUCGUGCACUACCGGGAUGACGAGUCCAUGUAUCUUGAGGCAAAAAAGGACAGAGUGACAGUGGUGUUCAGCACGGUGUUCAAGGAUGACGACGAUGUCAUUAUCGGGAAGGUGUUCAUGCAGGAGUUCAAGGAGGGUCGCCGUGCCAGCCACACGGCCCCCCAGGUGCUGUUCAACCACAGAGAGCCCCCGCUUGAGCUGAAGGACACAGAUGCUGCCGUGGGUGACAAUAUUGGCUACAUCACCUUCGUGCUGUUCCCUCGCCAUACCAGCGCCAACGCGCGAGACAACACCAUCAACCUCAUCCAUACCUUCCGCGACUACCUGCAUUACCACAUAAAAUGCUCUAAGGCCUACAUCCACACACGCAUGAGAGCCAAGACCUCCGACUUCCUCAAAGUGCUGAACCGGGCCCGCCCUGAUGCCGAGAAAAAGGAAAUGAAGACCAUCUCGGGAAAGACCUUCUCUCGCUAAGGAUCAGACUGCAGACUUGGACUCGGCAGGGCCUUGAGCGACCUGCCAUUCCAUGGUGGACCCAGGGUUCUCUGCUUGGCCAGUGUCCCAUUUCGCAGAUGUUACUCUAGAAUCGGCGAGUUUCAUCAUGAGAAACAAAACAAAACGAAAAAAAAAAAAAAAUCGAAGAGCAUUCCUUGCUUUGCAUAGUAAGAUAUAUAUGUAUAAAGAUAUAAAUGACCUUUUUGAUACAAUACAAUCUUUUAUUCCAUUGGACGUUUGGUACUUAAGCCUUGCAGCCCUACCCCACCCCCACCCC